AUGGCUCCUCUCGCAAAGACGAUGGCCGUGGUCGCCGCUCUGGCUGCACCGGCGCUGGUUGCGGCCACUUCCAACCUCCAGAUUCGACAGUACCAGGAUCCCAACUCGCAGCUCGUCGUCAACAACCCUGCAUGCGACUUUUACCAAUGCACCAUCUACUGGGUGCCUGGCACACAGGUCCAGGUCAACUGGGCCAACCCUCCCAGCGGCACCGUCCAGGUCGACCUCAUGACCAACAACAACUCGGACGUCGCCUACAACAUCGGCACUGCUCCUGCCGUCUCGAGCACCUGUGAUGCCGGCGCCGGCUACGGCAACCCCGGUCCCAACGGUGCUCAGUGUGGUGGUUUCGUCUUCACCGUCCCCAGCUCGUGGAAUGCCGGCAACUACACCUCGCUGCGUGCCAUCUCGGUGCAGAACCAAGACAUUCAGUCGUACACCGACAAGAUCUACAUCACCAAGAACAGCACCACGUCCAACGACGUGCCGCUCUCGAUUGUCAGUGGAACUGCACAGAUCUCGGGCAGCACGCAGGUCGGCGGCUCGUCCACCGCCGCUGCUUCCGGUUCCACGACCAGGACUUCAGGAAGUGCAGGUCCCACUAGCUCGGGUGCUACCAGCUCGCGAACUGGCGGCUCGGUCAGCAUGACCAGCACCCGCAGUGGCUCCUCGCCCUCCGCCUCGUCCGGCAGUAGCAGCGGCGCCCUUUCCAGCUUCGGUGGUAGUGCUACUACGCUUUCUCUUGCUGCCGCUGCUGCGUUCGCUCUCGGCGUCGGCAGUCUUCUCUAG